UGACUGUUUCGAACGUAAUUUUAAUGACUCCAGUCAUGUUAUUGAGUGGACUUUGUACGGAGUCAAGGGGUUAAUAAAACCGAUCGUUUGUUUUCUUUGUUGUCGUUUUAAAAGCUUUACUUCACAAUCAAGGUUGUAACGUUGUUAACAUUUCAAGUAUACCAGGUUUGUUGUAUAGUUUGGAAACAGUAGCACUGAGGAAGACACAGGAGGCAGAGCUGGAGGUAGCAGAGAUGAAGAUGCUGAGCUUCUCUCUGGGAGUGAGCAGGAUGGAUGGGAUCAGGAAGCAGUAGAUCGGAGGGACAGCACAUGUCAGGUGAGGAAAAGUCACAGAGGCUAGAUGGAGAUGGUUUGGACAUGUACAGAGGAGGGAGCCAGUACAUUGGUAGGAAGAUGUUGAGGUUUAUGGAGGUGGUGAAGGAGGACGUGAGGUUUGUAGGUUUGAGAGAAGAGGAAGCAGAGGACGGGGUGAGAUGGAGGAGGAUGAUCCGCUGUGGCAACCCCUGAAGGGAGAAGCCGAUAGGAAAUGAAGAUACCAGGAAUAUGAAGAGGUCCGCCGCACGGCAGGAAGUCCAUCAGCAACAAUCUCUGAACUCUCCAGACUUGUCAGCCAUAGAGAAAGCGAGUUUCCUCGAUGGACUGGUCUGUGAUGAUGGUAACCCUCUGCACAGUACUGCCUUGGAGGACAAUUUGAAUACUUUUGUAGUGCCAAGUGAGGAAGCAGGUACACCUGAUACUCAGCAGACGGCAAAGAGAAACAGAAAACCCAGACCUCCUGAAAUCAACGGAAAGCCAAAGAAAGAAGCAGCUGGAGGAAAGAAGGUAGUUUCAGGAAAGAAGCCGUUGAAGCAAAAUGCAGCUGAAGCUCCAGCUCCAGCCAAGAGACCAGGGAAAGUAAAACAACCUCCUGCAUCACACGUAAAGGUCCAUCCAAAGAGGGCAAAUGGUGAGACUGAAGAAGAAGCUGGGAAUCCCAUGAAUGCUGAGUCAGAGGGAGAUUUGGACUCUGGAAUCAAUAAGAAGAAAAGACGGAGCCAUAUUCUUUCUUCUGAUGAUGAUGAUGAUGAUGAAGAAAAAAGCUGGAAACCAAGUCCAAAGAAGGCCACAAGGAACCGUGUCAUCAGGAAGCAAGAAACAUCCAAAAAGUCCCCCGCUGCUGGAGACCCUGGAAAGGCUGCUGCGACCUCCAGUGGUAAAAAGAGUACUUCUGGUGGAACCGAGCCUGAGGUGAUGCUGACAGCCUUUGUGGAGUACUGUGCUCAGUACAGGGAUUCAGUGGAGUCAGAAGCAGUUAAAGAGGCAAUUGACAUGUUCGCUGACAACGUUCGCAGCCAGCUCACCGAGAAGAUCUCUUCUGAGAAGAACUUCUUGACCUUAAAGCGAGAAAAUGCCAAGUUAGCCGUCUUGAUCGCCAAGAAGAAACAGCAACUGCUGCAAGCCAAAAAUGAGCUAAUGAGUGCUGAGAGAGAAUUCGGGCAGUUGAAAAGAGUAGAGGCUGAUCUUCAUGUCAGACUCUCUGACCUGAAAAAGGGUCGCGCUUUCCUCAGCAGCAUCAAGGAAGUCAGGCAGCAGUACCUCGAUCUCCGGUGCAAAAAGCCACUGAAGAAAUAGAAGUGAGGGAUGUCCAGUUUGCCUGCUCUAUUGCUGUUUAUGUGGAUGUAAAUAAAUGUGUUAUGGUUCUGUCAUUACUGGUGUAUGACAAAUUUACUCUGACCUGAACCUGAAAGUCUAGACACUCUCUUUAAGUACUUUCAAGAAUUCUACUGCUGCUCGUGAGAGAGGAUGGGCAUUGCAAAGAUCUGACCUGACCUCAGAGCACACCCUGGAGUGACGACUGUUCUGUCACAAAUUCCCAAGUCAGUAGAGACCCAGUGGAGUGUAAUGGAACAGGUGUGACAAAGCACAAUGUUUUCCUAUUUGAUUCUACUCCUUUUUAUUUUCCAGCCUCUUAAACCUUUUGGUUUAGAUGAAGGAUUUAGAGACUUUAUGAGCAUGCAAAUGCAGUACAUUG